CGGGAUUGCAGCGCUAGCCACGCUCCUGCCCUCUUCCCGCCCCUCCCCUCCCUUAAACUCCUUUCACCUAGGAGCUGCCAAACAUCUGGAUCAACCUGGGCACUACGAGGGGUUGAAUAUCUACCAUUAACGCGCCUUUUUACAUUUUUUCCUGACCUCCUGCUUACAUCCGUAAAACCCACUGAUUCUUUUACUACACUUUUUAUGAGAACAAGACAUUUUAUAGGAAGAUGGUGGCAGAAAAAGAGACCCUGAGCUUAAACAAAUGCCCAGACAAGAUGCCGAAGAGGACCAAGCUGCUGGCACAACAGCCGCUCCCGGUGCACCAGCCUCACUCCCUGGUUUCUGAGGGCUUCACAGUCAAAGCCAUGAUGAAAAACUCAGUCGUGAGAGGCCCUCCAGCUGCAGGAGCCUUUAAAGAAAGACCAACCAAGCCCACAGCAUUUCGAAAAUUCUAUGAACGAGGUGACUUCCCAAUUGCCCUUGAGCAUGAUUCGAAAGGAAACAAAAUAGCCUGGAAGGUAGAAAUUGAGAAGCUGGAUUACCAUCAUUAUCUGCCUCUGUUUUUUGAUGGGCUUUGUGAAAUGACAUUUCCCUAUGAGUUUUUUGCUCGGCAAGGAAUCCACGACAUGCUGGAACACGGGGGGAACAAGAUCCUACCUGUCAUUCCACAGCUCAUUAUCCCGAUAAAAAAUGCCUUGAACCUCCGGAACCGACAGGUCAUCUGUGUCACUCUCAAAGUCCUCCAGCAUCUGGUGGUGUCCGCUGAGAUGGUGGGCGAGGCUUUGGUGCCCUAUUACCGUCAAAUCCUCCCCAUCCUGAACAUCUUUAAGAAUAUGAACGGUGAGUGAUCCCAGGAGUC